CUUAACGGCCCUCAGUGGUAUCCGCGCGCGAUUUAAAACGAGCUGCGGAGAGACGACGGGAAAGAUGGAACUUCCGUGCUCAGAAACCCGUGGACACCCUCUCAGUGCCUCACCAUCAAAACGAGUGUUCUCAAUUCCUCCACCUAAGAAGGCCCCUCUCAACACUCCUGGCACCCCGGUUCUUGAAGACUUCCCUCAGAAUGAUGAUGAAAAGGAGCGUCUGCAGAGGAGGCGAUCCCGGGCUUUUGACCUGCAGUUUAGCACAGACUCACCCCGUCUGCUGGCCUCCCCCUCCAGUCGGAAUAUUGACUUUUCAGCUACAAUUCCGAAAUUUACAAACACACAGAUUACAGAGCAUUAUUCCACCUGUAUCAAACUAUCCACUGAAAAUAAAAUCACUACCAAGAAUGCUUUUGGCUUGCACUUGAUUGAUUUCAUGUCAGAGAUUCUUAAACAGAAAGACACUGAACUGACCAACUUUAAAGUGGCUGCAGGCACUCUGGAUGCCAGCACCAAGAUCUAUGCUGUGCGUGUGGAUGCUGUCCAUGCUGAUGUGUACAGAGUUCUUGGAGGGCUGGGCAAAGAUGCACCAUCUCUGGAAGAGUCAGAAAGCCAUGAUGCAGAUGGAAGUGCGACUGAAACAGGAACAACUAAAAAGGCUCCAAAGCCCAAGAAGAAGCACUCACACAAAACCAUUGAGCAGAAUAUAAGCAACCUCAACGUCUCUGAGGCAGAUCGGAAGUGUGAGAUUGAUCCCCUGUUUCAGAAGACAGCAGCCUCGUUUGAUGAGUGCAGCACAGCAGGGGUAUUCCUCUCCACCCUCCACUGUCAUGACUAUAGAAGCGAGCUGCUUUUUCCUUCUGAUGUCCAGACCCUCUCCAGUGGAGGACCUCCUGAAAUGCCAGAUUUAGGUUGUGUAGAAAUGACAGAUUUAAAAGCACUCUUGCAGCAGUGUGCAGAAGACCGCCAGAUCUGCCCUUCCCUGGCUGGGUUCCAAUUCACUAAAUGGGACAGUGAAACACACAAUGAGUCUGUGUCAGCCCUGGUGGACAAGUUCAAGAAGAAUGAUCAGGUAUUUGACAUCAAUGCCGAGGAAGAGGACAGUGAUGGUGGGAACUUCCCCAGUGGGCCUCUGGAGGACGACUUUGAUGCCAACGACGAACUGGACCACACCAUUUGUGAGGAUCAGGCAGAGUUCAGGAGCUGGAGGGAGCCCUGCCACAGUCAGAGCUGCCAGAAAGAAAUGAUUCCCCUUGGGGAUGGAGACAUUAGUACCAUGUGCCCUCUUCUAUCCACGAAACCUGGAGAAUAUUCCUAUUUUAGUCCACGCACCAUGUCGAUGUGGGCUGGACCAGAGCACUGGCGCUUCAGACCCCGACUGAAACAAGAUGCUGCCUUGAAAUCAGAGAACAGAAAGAAGAGCACAAAGAAAGAAUUUGAAAUUGACUUUGACGAUGACAUCAACUUUGAUGUGUAUUUUGGAAAAGCAAAGGCUGCUACUAUUCUGACCAAGUCUACUUUGGAGAACCAGACCUGGAGAGCUACCACUCUUCCUACAGAUUUCCACUAUGAGACUGAUAAUCUGGUUCAGCUGCACCUCAAACCAGGCACCAAGAUCCUUACAGUAGCCCAUGGCCAGAGAGUAGGGACCGAACAUUAUGAAGAAAUUGGAGACUAUGACUAUAAUAACCCUAAUGAUACAUCCAACUUCUGCCCUGGAUUACAGGCUGCUAACAGUGAUUAUGAAGAAUCAGGUGACUUAUUUGAGGGACCAUUUGGGACCUCUGACCUCUCAGCUUAUCCUUGCCAUUCACCUAAGACAACACAAGAGAACGAUGACUCGCCUGACACCCAUGGAUCAGACAUCACUCGAUAUGGGGAAUCAAACCUGGUAGCUGAGCCUAAAAAGGUAACUAAAAUUGAAAUUCAUUAUGCCAAGACUGCCAAAAAGAUGGACAUGAAGAAGUUGAAGCAGAGCAUGUGGAGUUUGCUGACAGACUCUUCCACACAAGUGGACAUGGAGGCAAAGCACCACAGUGAGACUGGACAAAAGGGGGAUCUGGCGGAGGUGACUGAUGGGAAGAUGCUGAGCAAGCUCACCUGGGACCUGCAGAAGCGCCUGCCGCCCCUCAUGGCUCAGAACCUCUCUGUACCCCUGGCCUUUGCCUGUCUCCUACAUUUAGCCAAUGAAAAGAAUCUAAAGCUGGAAGGAACCGAGGAUCUUUCUGAUGUUCUUGUGAAGCAAGGGGCUUGAGUUCACCAGAAGUCAGCAGGAUGGGGUUCAUCACUCCAGUGACCAGGACGUUGCAACUCGGGGGCUACAACGUGGGGCUCAUGGCAAGGCUGUAGCCAGCUUCCAAGGGGCCAAUUGUCUGCUGUUCUUUCCUUCUCCCCUCACAGCCUAUGCGACCAACACCUGGGAGUUCACCCUUGACAAGAGCUUUCUGCCUUGUAACCAUCUAGGCAGAAGGAGAGGGUGAGGGUGCAGUUCUGGUGAUGAAAACCUGUAUCCAUUGUCUAUCCAUGUAUAGUUUUAGUCUCCUAAAUUGAUCUGCUGUUCUCCACACCUUUUUUACCCUUGUAGGAAAUUAUUUUCCAGUAAGCAUAUUGGUCCUUUACCAGCUACCUAAUUCAUUGUACAUAAAAUACACCAUGUGCACUUAUAAAUGUAUGUAUAAUACUUAAAAAUAAAAAUCUGUGUUCUGGC